AUGAUUAAUAAGACUGAUGUUGGUCGUAUCAUUGGCAACAGUUGGGAUUUCUUUCACCAACCUGCAGUUGGCACUGCAGGAGGUAUUAUGAUUAUGUGGGAUAGCAAUUUGGCUAGCUUUACUGUGAUUGAGCAUACCUCACAGGUUGUCUUCGGCGCUUUGACUACACCAAACAAAGGCCUACGGCAUGUUGCCAUGGUGUAUGGUCAUAAGGACUUUCAAGUCAGACGUGAUCUUUGGAAUUGUCUUGACAAGGUUAUGAUGAUUGAUGUACCCACGAUUGUGGGAGGAGACUUCAACUGCCUCCUUACUACUGAAGACAAAAGAGGUGGCAAACGAUUUAAAAUGACUAAAGGAACCGAAGAAAUGAAAUCUUUUAUGGUAAAUCAAGACCUUCAUGACUUAAGCAUUGUUGGUCCUAAAUACACUUGGUGCAAUAACAAGCACAGAAUUACUAGAAUUUGGGAACGGCUUGAUCGCUGUUUAUUAAAUUCACCUGCCAUACAGUUGGUUCCAUCUGCUUAUGCCAAGCACCUUCCACGUAUUGCUUCAGACUACUGUCCAGUGGCUUUUAAGCUGGAAGACACUAUGCAUUCGCAUCCUAAGACCUUCAGAUUUGAAGAUACAUGGAGAUCCUAUCCUGCUACCAAAGGCAUUAUUGCUAAACUAAAAGAUGAACUGCAGAAUGAUAUUCUCAAAUUGCAAUUGCAAGAAGAUGAGGCGGGUGGUCUCAGUCCUGAAGAUCUUGACACGCUCUGCAGUAAGGUUAGAGAGUAUAACGUCACUCUAGUUAGACUCUCUACAUGGUGGAACCAGCGCGCCAAAGCCAAAUGGAAUGAAGAUGUCGAUACUAACUCUAGAUUUUAUCAUACCUAUGCGACGGCUAGGAAGAAUGGCAAGUUGAACAGACAAAUUAAGGAUGAGAACAAUACCACGGUGGAUGAUUUGGACAAAAUUGAAUCAAAACUUGAUACUGCAGAUAUUGAUUGCCUUAAUUCAAGUUUUUCUGAAACUGAGUUCUUUAAUGCCGUCUCCCAGCAAGGCUCAAAUAAAUCUCUGGGAUUAGAUGGUUCAACUUCUUUGUUUUUCAAAUUCUAUUGGGAUAUUAUUAAAGAUUCUAAAAGGAGAGCUAUCAAUCAUUUUUUCACCACUGGACGCAUGAAUGGAGCUUGGAAAGACACCUUGAUCGUUCUUAUUCCCAAGAUCAAUACUCUGCUUCUAUCUAGCUUAAUUCAGCAAAGAGGUCUUCAAAUUGGCAUCCAAACGUCCAAUAGAGCUCCUAAAAUCACUCAUUUGCUUUAUGCUGAUGAUGUUUUGUUGUUUGGCAAAGCCUCCGUCUCUCAGCUUCGCGUAAUGAUGAAUUUAAUCAAAGAAUAUUGCGGAUGGACUGGGCAAGGUGUAAACCAGAGCAAAUCACUGAUUAUCUUUGGGAGUUCUACUAACCAAUCUCUGAAAUGGAAGAUUGGUAAAAAAACUGGUUUUAAGAUUGUCAAGGAAUUUCACCAUCUUGGAAUUAAAAUUGCUUUGAGAAGGCUGGCAAAGAAUGACUAUCAAUUUUUCAUUUAUCGUGCUUUAGAUAAACUCAACUCUUGGGGAGCUCGGUUUCUCUCUAUGGCUGGUAGGAUAAUUCUAGAAAAAUCAUCAUUGCUUUCGCUUCCAACCUUUGUCUCUACUCACUCCUUAAUCCCAAAGAAAAUUCUUUAUGAUUUGGACCGAAUCUGCCGUGACUUCAUUUGGCAUCAGAAUAAAGAUAACAAGGGACUACGUUACAUUGCUUGGGAUGACUUGUGCAUACCGAGAAACCGUGGAGGACUGGGUAUGCAUUCCUCAGUUAAAAGAGUUGGGCAUUUACGUGCCCGAUUAGCCUGGAGAUUUUUUCAAAAUCCUUCCUCUCUUUUGUUCAAAUGCUUGACUGCUGAACAAGCUUCAGAUAUUUGGAAUGGUAAGUCAAAAUAG